UCGCCGUACAAGUAAUCGCAGCCACCUGUUGUCUGUCACUCCUUCCUUACAGCCAAAGUCAUCACAUCAAACGCCAUGUUGCUCACUGUCAUUCUGCCGCCACAGAUUGACUCAAGAUAAUUCCACGCCUCAUUUAUAUCGAAGCUCAUGGGUCCUUCACUUCCCUAGCAGCCCGCACAGCUACAGCUAUCAAUAGAGUGCGCGUGAAGUUUGCCACUUACUAACGUGCAAUCUUUAUUAAUACAUAAAUAAGCUUGCGACACUUUCUCGUGUCCACGUGAACGAGCAGCAUGGAAGAGACGGAUGAGCACUCCCCUAAACUUACGUGCAUCCAGCGGGUUAGCUAUGCUGUGGUCAACACUUUAGAGAGCUUCUUUUAUAGGUAUGGACACAGCGUGGCCUCGCACCCCGGCCGCUACAUCGCUGUCAUCCUCCUCCUGACGGGGCUCAGCUGCCUCGGGUUCCUCAACUUCAAAAUCGAGGGCCGCUCAGAGAAGCUAUGGAUUCCACAGAAUUCAGACUACGUGAAGACUCUGGAGUGGCAGAAGGAAAGCUUCCCUGAAGGCCAGCGCGUGGAGAUGAUCCUAUACUCAGCAGAGAACGUCCUCACUGCUGACUACGUGAGGGAGAUGUACCGAAUACACAACAUGGUGGCCUCCAUUCAGAUCACAAACAGCAAGGGUCAACGCUUCAACCAAAGUGACCUCUGUGCCAGGGUGCCGGCACUCGGAGGCAAGCAGAGGGAGGAACUGCUCAAGCUGAAGGCACAACUGUUCCCAGGCCGGCAGCUGGACUUUGAAGUAGACUGGUCCCUCAUGGUGGAUAAGGGGAUAUACUACAAGUUUUACAGCAGCAUGCCCACCGCUUGUAUUGAUAUUAGCAUACUGGAGAUGUGGGGGUACUCCAACGCUACGGUCUUCGCCACUCUCACCGACCAGGACGUGAUUAACGCCAUCAAUACCAUCAAGUUAAGCGCCACCUUCUCCUACCCGAUGGAUUUCAAGGACCUUCUGGGAGAAGUGACAUACAACUCCUCAGGCCAAGUGGUAGCGGCGCGCACGGCCCUCACACACAUGGUGAUGCAGGUGACCAGGGCCCGCAUCGAAGGAGAUGUCACCAACCAAGCAGGACUGGGUGAAGCGGUGGACCCGGAACUCUUUGCAUGGGAAGGGGAGUACCUGAAGUUCCUGGGGGAUGUCAGUGUCACUGAUGGUCUUGAGUUCUACUACCAGGCCAAACGAAGCUUUAGUGAAAUCAGUGAAAGUACAAUUUUCGGGGACGUGUUUUAUCUCGCCUUGGGGAAUGCCAUCCUCUUCAUCUAUGUCCAGCUCAUGCUUGGGAAAUUCAACAUGGUGGAGAACAGGCCUAUCUUGUCUAUCUUGGGGAUGCUAACAACCUACCUGGCAGUGAUUAUGGCAUAUGGCCUGUGCUCUGCCGUGGGUCUCCUGUAUGGACCAGUCCACAACAUUCUCCCCCUGCUCAUGAUUGGCCUUGGGGUGGACGACAUGUUUGUCAUUGUUCAGUGCUGGCAGAACCUUGACCACCAGGAACGUCAGCUGAACCUACGUAAGAGGAUGGGACAAGCCUUGCGCCACGCUGGGGUUGCCAUCACUGUCACGUCUAUGACUGAUUGUGGAGCUUUCCUCAUCGGUGCCACCACUGUGUUGCCGGCCCUCAGGUCUUUCUGUAUCUAUGCUGCCGUUGGGGUGUUGACCUUAUAUGCCUUCCAGGCAACCUUCUUUGUGGCCUGGUUCACAUAUGAUCAAAGGCGAGUGGAAGAAAAGCGAAAUGGGCUGUUUUGGUGCUACAAACACAAAGACUGGGAGCCAAAUAAAUGCUCUCAGGUGGAUCUGGCUUCCCAAUUCUUUGACAAGGUGUACGCCAAAGUGUUGCUUCUCAAACCCACCAAGGUGUUGGUGUUCCUGGUGACAGCUGGACUGCUUGUUGUCAGCAUCUGGGGUGUGAUGCAUCUUAGGCAGUACUUCAACCCAGUCCUGUUCAUCCCUCACUCGUCCUAUCUCUUCCAGUUCCUGUCAAAGCUCAUGCACUUUUAUCCAGAAGCAGGAGAGAGAGGCACAGUUUACUUCGGUGAACUGAAUUACCCACAGGAGCUGUACAAGAUUGGAGCACUGGGGGAGGCAUUAGAGAAGAGUAAGGGUGUGGCAUCAGUGACCUCCUGGUAUGAUCUGAUGGUUGACUACACCAGGAAGGACAUAGGAGAGGAUAUAAGAGGAAAGGAGUUAAAUGAAACAUUCUUCCAAGAAAUCCUGUCCUCCUUCCUGUUCUCUCCUUCUGGCACUCGCUUCCAGUCGUACUUCCACUUUGAAGGAAAUCUUACCAUAGCCGAGCCAACACCCAGAGUCACAGCUUGCAAGUUUGAUUAUCAACACAAGACUAUAGAAGGAAGAAAUGAACAAAUAGCAGCCAUGGAUGAAGUGAAGCAACUGGUCAGUGAGGCUCAGUUUUCAGACAUGGCAGCAGCAACAUCCUUCAUAUACUCCAGCUGGGAGACCAACAAGGUGAUAAUGGAAGAAUUAAUGAGGAAUCUAUGCCUGGCAAUGGUUGCUGUAUUCAUCAUGACCCUCUUCCUGCUGGCAAAUCUUGUGGCUUCACUCUUUGUGCUGAUUUGUGUCAUCCUCACCCUUAUAAAUGUAAUGGCCCUGAUGACAUGGUGGGGCCUGACCAUUGACAUCAUUACCUGCAUCAAUCUGGUGCUCAGUAUUGGUCUCUGUGUUGAUUAUUCUGCCCACAUUGCCCUCCACUUCAUGCAGGUGAAGGGCUCAAGAAAUGAGAGGGCAAGGUGUGCUCUCAGCGAGAUGGGGCCACCUGUCAUUAAUGGUGCUUUCUCUACCUUCCUCUCCUUCGUCCUGUUGGCUAACUCAGAUUCUCAUGUGUUCCUUUCCUUCUUCAAAAUCUUCUUGGGGGUGUUCAUCUAUGGAGUCUUCCACGGACUUGUAUUCUUGCCAGUGCUGCUCAGUGUGCUGGGUCCUGCACCUUACCUCAAGCCCCACCACCUGCCAGGAAGAGACCAGGAUGAGGUGCAGGUCAGAUCCUUAAGGGAUAGGAUGAAACCACAACCUCUGGAACAAGUAGAAGGCAGUUAGGGGCACUUUUAUACAAUAUUACGAUUAGAUUUUAUACAAUAUUGAGAUUAGAUUUUAUCAUGUAAUAUUUAUAAGGAAUUUUAGAAUGCUGCACAAAAUUUCUAUCUUGUUCAUAAUGUACAUAGUGAUCUACAGUUUGGGAAGACAAUUUUGAUGAUUUUGUGAAGGUAUUAUGUAGGCCUGGUGGAAAAGCUCCUAUUGCAAACAGCUCCAUGUAUACUCAGGGUACAGAAACUGAAUCUGUCCAGCUGAGGCAAGUGAUAAUUUGGUUUUAUCACACCACCUUUGACAAAAUGUUUUAAGAUACAUGAAUAGGGAGGAUGGAUGUGCUGGAUUGAAAGGAAUGUUUUAGUGAAGUUGGAGAUGAAAAUUUAUAUUCAAUUGGUGACCUGCUUGAUAGAACAAUCACUUGAUGGCUUGAUGGAGCUCAAGGAAAUAAGAGUAAACUUAUGAAUAAAUUCACUAUGAAAUGUCUAUAUUGGUAGCUGAGCCAUUGUAUAAAUAGAAAUACAUGGGGAUAUUCAGUAUGUAUAUUUCAAAUUGAAUAAUUUAUUUAUUUAUAUAAGUAACAAAUAUAUAAAAAUAAUUAGA